AUGGAGAACGACGGCGUCCCCAACGGACCAGCGGCGCCGGCGCCUACCCAGGCGACGCCGGUGGUGCGGGAGCAGGACCGGCUGAUGCCGAUCGCAAACGUGAUCCGCAUCAUGCGCCGCGCGCUCCCUGCCCAUGCCAAGAUCUCCGACGAAGCCAAGGAGGCGAUCCAAGAAUGCGUGUCGGAGUUCAUCAGCUUCGUCGAAGACAUCGUGUGGGCCCUAAACCGCCUCGGCUUCGACGACUACGUCGUGCCCCUCAGCGUCUUCCUGAAGCGCAUGCGCGACCCCGAGGCGGGGACAGGUGGUGCCGCUGCAGGCUACAGCCGCGCCGUGACGAGUGCCCCUCCCCAUGCGGCCCCGCCUGUGAUCCACGCCGUGCCACUGCAGGCUCAGCCCCCGAUGUACGCGCCCCCAGCUCCGGUGCAGGUUCAGAAUCAGAUGCAGCGGCCCGUGUAUGCUCCCCGGGCUCCGGUGCAGGUUCAGAUGCAGCAGGGCAUCUAUGGGCCCCGGGCUCCAGUGCACGGGUACGCCGUCGGAAUGGCACCGGUGCGGGCCAACGUCGGCGGGCAGUACCAGGUGUUCGGCGGAGAGCGUGUCAUGGGCCAGCAAUACUACGGGUACGGGGAAGGAGCGUACGGCGCAGGUAGCAGCAACGGAGGAGCCGGCAUUGGCGACCAGGAGAGCUCGUCCAACGGCGUGCCGGCGCCGGGGGAGGGCAAGGGGGAGCCAGAGCCAGAGCCAACAGCAGAAGAAUCGCAGGACAAGCCCGUCCAAUCUGGCUAG